GUGCCAGCCGCGCUCGCAUACGAGUGCAUCACAAGUGUCAAGUAUAACCAGUCCGCAGCAGUCGCGUUCUUGGAUUCUCUUCGCCCGUAUCUUGAAUGGCAAUCGACCAUCCAGUGGCUGAAGGAUCCGCCGCAAGAAUAUGCACAGAAGAUCCAACCUCCUUACGACUUCUGGUCCGAGUUCAACCGAAUCUAUGCGAAAGCAAGCGGCCAAAGCUACGACACGUAUGCGAAUGAACAUGAAUUCGGAUUUGACCUAUACCGCGCUUUUCAAAAAAGUCAUGACGGCCAUUUCUACAUUCUGCCAGACAGCGUAGGAUACAUCUUCUCCUUUUUCAGAACGACCCCAUUGGUCUCUGUAUCCGACGAUGGCGAAACGGUGCCUCAGAUCUAUGUCUUCUCAGACGUGCUGGAAUGCACCGCGGGAAAUGCUUCCUACACCCCUAGCCCCAUCACACACAUCGACGGACGAGAUAGCCAGGACUUCUUGCUGGAGUGGUCACAGUACGGUAGCCUUCAAGACCGGGAUGCGCUGUGGAAUAAUAUGUUCUACUUGCUACAAGCCGUCUCCCUCGGCAGCAAAGGCACCGGCUUGGGCACGUUUGCAGGUGGUGGUCGAGGCCGUUGGAUUUAUCCUGGACCAACAACGACCCUCAAGUUCAAAAAUGGAACCGAAAUCGUGAACCAGAACUUUGCGCGUGUGUUACAAGAGUUCAACAAUAUCACAUCACCCGCAGACGUGUACAGUAACUUCUUCGCGGUCAAGGAAGGGGAUGUCCAGAACGCCUACCAGCUCGCAGCACCAGCCCCAUCCACCACUGAAUCUCCAACAAGUACUACUUCGGCCACCAGCUCCACAUCAACUACAGCAGCCGCCACUCCCGUUGCAGCACCAGGCUAUCCCAAGCCAGUGGUGAGGCAGCAGAAAAAUGCCAACGGCGGCUACUACAUUGAGGAAGAAGAUUACAAGGAUGUCGCCGUUCUGAGCGUGGCUUCCUUCGUCAGUGCGAUCACAGACGAGAAGCCGUUCCAAUCCAUCAAUACCUACUUCCUCGAGAAAGCUGCGAAUGGUAACAAAACCAAGCUGAUUAUCGAUGUUUCCGCAAAUGGCGGUGGAACGGUGCUGCAAGCCUACGAUCUGUUCAAGCAGCUCUUUCCCGCUCUCCUGCCAUAUGGUGCGAACCGCUUCAGAGCGCAUGAAGCACUCGAUUUCGUUGGACAGGAAGUCAGCCAUUUCUCGGAUCUCAUCGGUAAUCGAAGCGAGCUUAGCAAUCAAACGAUAAAGGAUCUACAGUCCACGGUUUUCGACUAUCACACCGAUGCCGAUGUGAAUUACACUGCCUUCACAUCUUGGCCUGAUAAAUACAGUCCACUCAAGCUCGGUCCUGCGCAAGACACAUUCACCGGCCUAAUCCGUUGGAACAUGAGUGAUGUGCUCACAGUCGAGAGUUCUGGCGGCAUUGUCGUUAGUGGCUAUCUGAAUCGCACUAAUAUCACCAAACAGCACUUUGAAGCCGAGAACAUCGUCAUCCUGACUGACGGCUAUUGUGCCUCGACAUGCACCAUCUUCAGCGAGCUAAUGAGGCAGCAAGCCGGAGUCAGAACAAUCAAUUUGGGAGGACGGCCAAACAAAGAUAUCACGCAAGCGAUUGGAGGUGUCAAAGGUACCAACAACUUCGAAUACGACUACGUCCUGGAAGCAGCAGUCGUAGUUCCGUUCAUGUACAAGUACAUUCAUUCCGAGGAAUUCUACAACAACAGCGUUCUCGCCAAAUACAAUACCCUUCCCAUGUUCCGCGCGCUUGGUCCCGGCAUCAAUGUGAGAGAUGGCUAUCGGCAGAACGACACUUCGAACAUCCCACUUCAGUUCCAGUACGAACCAGCAGAUUGUAGAAUCUACUACACUCCGGCCAUGGCUGUGGAUCAAACUGCUGUCUGGAAGACGGUGGCCGAUACAGCUUGGCGCGGUGCUGAUCAUUGUAUCGCUGGAAGCAUGAAGAAGGCUCCCGCAUAUGGUGGUAAUCCGCCGAAGAGAGAUCUGAGGAAGCGGCAGCAGCAUCAGGUCAGGAGCGACCUAGAUAUCAAUGAGCAUCACCUGGCACUGCGGGAAGUCUGGACCGAUCGGUUUGGUGAUACUCAUGGUGGCAGUGGCUUCAUGCGGCCCUAG